GACGAUGAGAGAAUAAUUUUAUAGUAGAAAUGGGACAGUCUAUUGAUUUUUCGUACAUGUUUAUAGGUUGUUGUUGCAACCGUAGUUGUAUUGGUUUUGCUCGUCCCGGUCGCUAUGGCUAUUUCAAGCCAGCAUCUAUUGUAUUUGGAGGUUUUCGACUGCUCCGUUCGCAUCUCAAGCUCAACCUGUGUUGCAGUCUAAAACGAGCAGAACGCUACACUUCGUCAGAUUGGAGUCGUUGCUUGCUUUCGCUUCCCAAAUCCAUUAUUUUAAGUCGUAUUCGUAGUCAUUUAUUUUGGACAUGUUGUGUUUCGUUUCUUGUUUCUUUAUUUGACCACUUUUUUAAGGUUCCUCCUUUCAAUCCGAUACCUCAUACGCUACUUGGAAGUGCCAUGGGAUUAUUGUUGGUUUUUCGAACGAAUGCGGCCUAUGACCGUUUUUGGGAAGCACGUAAAUUGGUAGGUGUAUUAGCUGUUCAGUCUCGAGAGAUGACUCGUUGUAUUCAUUCCUACUUCAACGAAGAAAAGUUUCAAGUGAUCAAGAUUCGUCUUGUCAUGCUUCUAAAACUUUUUCUUGUCGCCUUUCUACAACAUGUUCAAGGCACAGCGGAUGUCGUUUCUUUUCGAAAAAUGAUUCGUUCCAAUCCGGAAUACAGUGAUUCCUCCUCCCAUUUCGUAGAUAUCUUCGCUGAUGAGAUUGUACAUUCUCCGAAUCCUCCCCUCUUUGUGUUAUUUCAAUUGUCGAUGCAAAUCAAAGCUGCCUUUAGGGAAACCACCAAUGUAUCCGAUUGGGUUGUACAGCGUGCUAAAAUGGAAUGGCAGUUGAGUAGUCUAAUGGAAGUUUUGUCAGGUUGUGAACGUAUUAUCACGACUCCCGUUCCACUUGGAUAUUCAAGACACACCAGUCGAUUUCUUUCAUUGUGGUGUUUUACUUUUCCGUUGCUUGUUGUAUCCCAUUUCAAGUUUCUAACCGUUCCUGUCACUGCGUUUGUCUGUUGGUCGCUAUUUGCCAUUGAAGAAAUUGGUCACGUCAUAGAAGAUCCUUUUUUAGAGGGAACUCAGAAACUUCCCAUCAAGUCCAUGAUAUCCUCUUUACUUGCUGAUGUGGAUUAUGUAAACCAUCUCCCUGUCUUUUUCUCAUGAGAAGAGGAGGUGGUAUCGAUGGA